GUAAAACUUGGGAGCAACUCAACUGCGCCUAACGUCUGCAGACCGAGACGUGCUUCGACCUCCCUCCAGAACCCAGAAAGUUCUACUGAUCUGGUUUGUCGUUUUCUGGUUCCCAACUCCAUGGCUUCCAAGCGUAGUCAUGCCACAUCUACCGAUGGGCAAGACGAGGCCUCUGUCGAGCAACCGGUGAAGAAACGAUCCAAGAACCAGUCCAGCAGCUCCAAGUCCGGACGACAGCAUCAAAAUUCCCACAUCGAUCCUACUUGGGGCCAGAAAUAUGUCUUCUCCAGCUAUGGCGAUGCUACUACUACGAUCCCCGCCGAUUCAGAUGUCGAGUUCGAAGAUGACGCCGAUGCCAUGGCCUAUCUGAAGUCAGUGAGACAAGAAGCUACCGGUAUUCCCCAUCUUCUCGUCGCCCCCAAGAUCCCGAUUGGGCCUCAACUUCCCGAAGGCUUCCGACCCCCCAACGGACCCGAUGACGAUGCCAACGAGAUAGCCGACAACAGCAAAGAGGAAGAAUUAAGCGACACUGCACUCGAUCGUGGUCUGUAUGAAAGCGGUAUUGGGGACUAUUGCGGGCGCUAUGAAGACGGCGCAUACAUCGGUCAUCCUGAUUCUUGGGUCGAAGAGGCAGAAGCACAAGGGGGUGAAGAUGGCCAAGACUGGGACGGCUCGCCAUCCCACCGAAACGCCGAUACCGAAGCAGCCGUUCACGAGGCCUACUUCGCCUCCCAGCUGGACCACUACCAUGCCCUGCGCGCAGUCCUCCGAUCCAAACCACCCGAAAGCGUCGUCUCCGAUCUCCCUCGCACCCACAGCCCCCACGUCGGCCGCCUGGGCCCUCGGAGUCCCGUCUUCAAGAUCUGGAACCACCGUCUCCGCAACACCGACCCGCUCCCCGCCCAGAUCGCCUCCAUGGACAAGGAGUCUGUCCUCCGGGUCCUCCGGGUCCUGCUCUCGGGCAGCUUCCUCCGCCGCGGCGCCGAGCUGCACGAGCGCACAAGCCGCUGGGUCUGGGCUCUGCUGGCUCGUCUCCCCCCGCCCGGCGAGCUGAACCACGUCGAGAUCGCCUGGGUGCGCGACCUGGGCCGCCGCGCCGUGCUCUUGAGCCAGAGCUUGGCAGAUAUGGCGAACCUCCGGGACGCACUCGACGGGGAGGGCGUAGACCUAGGCGUGCACGAGGCUGUGGAUGACAGCUCCGACGACGACGAGGACGUGUUGCAAGACAUGGAGGUCGAAGAGCCGGAACCCGAGGAGGACGAGGGCACGGUUGAAGAAGAAGACGGAGACGAUCAGCAGGAAAACACCGGUGCGAUUUCUGGCGAACCAGACGGAAUAGAAAGGAGAGAUGAAACCGCUGCUGAACCCGCCGUUGGUGCUGCAACGGCAACCAAAGACGAUACCGCAACCGCCGAGGACGUCGAAGACGGCGAGAUCGACGAGAAGGGAGAGGAAGAUCGGCACUCGCAAUCCAUGGACUGUUCCGAGGAUGGCGAGGUGGUCGAGGACGACACGUCCGCGCCGCACCAGGCCGCCCCGGAGACAGACGAGGGGUUGGAAGCCGCGAAAGCGCGGGUGCUGGCGCAGCUCGAAGACGUCGACGUCCAACCCCCGGCUCAGGACUCCAGAGGGACAGCUGCGGAAGAGGAAGAAGACGAAAAAGCACCCGACGCCCGCUUGCGUGCCAGGAUGAACAUGCGUGCUACCCUGAACAUGAUCCUAACCGUCGCCGGUGAGUUCUACGGACAGCGGGAUCUUCUCGAGUUCAGGGAUCCCUUUGCAGGUAUGUAG